AUGGGCGCAGAGCCAAUUGAGAAUGCGCAGCUGCUGCGCACAUCUUUUCCCAUUCGUGGCCGCAUCAGCUGCAGCAGCAUCAGCAGCAAGGGCACCAGCAGCGGCAAGGACGGUAGCAGCAGCAGCAGCAGGGAAGACUCAGUGGCGAGCCUCUGCAGUCCCGACCGUCUGCUGCUACGACUCACGCCGACGAAGUCACCGGCGGCUGCUCAGGAGGUGCCCUUGAAAGUGGAAGAGCAGCAGCAGCAGCAGCAGCAACGCCUACUCUUCAGCCUGGAAGAUGCGCCUGAGGGUACAUACACUCUGACAAUUGCAGAGAAAGGAGAAGGAGAACACGCAGAAAGAAUCUGCUGGAAACAGCAGUCUUUCACG